AUGUGGUUGCCCACCUCAUUAAAAAUAACCGGCUUUGCCUCUUGGGCAUUUUGGAGACAAAGCUUGCACAAUCAUCAAUCCCGAAGAUUCUUAGCCGCUCAUUUCCGGGAUGAUGCAACCAACAACUUUGACACCAUCGCCGGCGAACGCAUCCUUGUGAUUUGGGACCCGGCAGUUAUUGACCUACAACCGGUGGAUAUAUGGCCCCAAGUGAUUCACUGCCGUGCCACGAAUAAGUCCCCUCAACUCUCAUUCUAUAUCUCGUUUACAUAUGGUCUUUAUUUUGUUGUCAAUAGAAGGAGCAUAUGGGAGAAACUUUCUGAUUUGGGACUAGCACCGAGCAUGCCAUGGCUUAUUAUGGGCGAUUUCAACUGUGUGAAAUCUCCCAAGGAGAAGCAGCUUGGAGUGGCCCCGACUUUGUAUGAGCUUAAAGGUUUUGUGAACUACUGUGUAGCGCUUGGAUUACUCGACGUUCCCACUACGGGCUGCUACUACACAUGGUAUUCCAACAAUGAAAGCAACCCCGUAUGGUGCAAGCUUGAUCGGGUCUUAUACAACAACGAAUGGCUUCAGGCCGGUUUGUAUUGCAGCGCCCAUUUCAAUCCACCGGGAUGCCUCUCCGACCAUUCUCCGGGUAUUGUUUCUAUUUUUGAUCAUGCACCCACUAAGCCAAAACCAUUUCGCUUUUUCAAUAUGUGGGCAGAUCAUCCGAAUUUCUUAGCUACUGUGGAAGCAAGAUGGAACUUGAGCGUGGAGGGAACGCCUCAAUUCAGCCUUUGUAGGAGACUAAAAGCACUUAAAGGCGCACUCAAGGCAUUCAACCAGCAGCACUACAGCCACAUCUCCACCAGGGCCAAAGAGGCUGAGCAAGCUCUACAAGAUGCCCAGAGUCAACUUGAAUCCAAUCUGGGAGAUGUGGCGCUACGAGACUCUUUGGGAGAUCUUAGAAGGAAGGCCGUUUUUCUUGCCGAGGCCGAACGGCACUUCUUCUACCAGAAAGCCAAAAUUCACUUUCUUAAAGAGAGGGACCGCAACACCAAGUUCUUCCAUGACAUUAUGAAGAGGAAUGUCACAAGGAAUUCCAUCGGGGCAGUCCCUAGGGCAGACGGGACUGUUAUCACUGCUGCUGAGGAUAUUGCCCAAGAGUUCGUUGAUUACUACAAAUCACUCUUGGGCACCGAGGCUCACACCCUCCCUGUCGAUAAUGGUGUGUUUGAAUGGGGCCUCAUACUCUCCCCUGAGCAUACCGGGAGCUUUGCCUGGCAGUCACGCCGUUGGAGGUAA